AAUUAAUAUUUCUCGCAUAAAAUUUAACUACCGGCCGCCUUACCCAAUCGAAAAGCGUUAAUACAUAAUUCCGGUGUGAUUUACAAUUGAAAUUGUGCCUGUGCGUGCGCCAGUCGCUGUUAAAUCCCAACGCAAACGAUUGUGUGUGUGCAUCCAGAGAAUUUCGAGGUGUGUGCAUUGCAGCGCUUUUUUUGUGUGUCCCCAUAGUACCCCCGCAUCCUGUUCAGUCGUGUGUACCCGCAAACAUUGUGCUAAAUUAUAUAAAAAUAAAUUGGCGAAAAAGGCAACAAAAAAGAAAAAAUUCUGCUAGUGGAAUGCCAUAUAGAGCGACAGCGAGAGAGAGAGAAAAAGAGAGGGAGCGUAAGCGUGAGAGAAAUCGAUGACGAUAGCUUUGUUUAGCUAUCGCCCUCGAUACACUCCUCCGCAGCGCAGUAAAAGCGGCGGCGUCAAGGAAUCCCUUGCAGUAUGACCGUGCUGUAGAUAACCAAAUACACCGAACGCAAGUGAGUGCGAGAGAAAAGAGACGCCGCGCAACAACAAUUCGUGUGCAUGUGAUGCCAAAUCAAAAGGAAAACACAUAAAAUAUAACCAAGCAGCAGCAAAAGCCAAGAGCGCAAAAGGCCAGUGUCCGCAGAGAGAGAGAGACAGAGGAAUAUGUGAAGGAUUCAAACCAUAAAUCGAUGUGCCAUUCAGGAGCAGAAGCAGAAGCAGAAGCAGCAAAACCUAGAAGCUAAGACGAGACGCGAGAGUAUUAACCACAAGAGAAGGCGCAACAGUGCAACAAUCCCUCCAGCAACAAAGAACCUGAAAGCAGCAGCAGCAGCAGCAGCAGAAGUGGCAACAAACAGAACGUAAAUCUAGAAACAGUGUAAAUACAACUGUAACGAAUUUAAAGCAAACAAAAAAGCAGACAACACACUUGAUGUCCCCCCCAGACGCUCGUUGAUAGAUGCCAAGAUAAGUCGCUACCGUUUCAACACCGCCAUCAACAUCACCCAGCAACAGAAGCAGCAACAACUGCAACAGCAACAGGCGCAACAGCAGCAGCAACAGCAACAGCAACAGCAGCUACAGCAGGGCAUACAGAACAGAGAGAAGCAUCCGCCAUCCCAUCAGCAUUUGUUGCCAUUGGAGGAGCAGCAAAGGAGCAGCGGCAGGACAACAGCAGCAGCAGCAGCCGAGCAGGAGGAGCUCUGCAUAGGCGGCACCGCAACCGGCAGCGGCAGCAGCAGCUUAACCAAAGGUCGAGGAAACAACUGCAAGACGCCAAACUCUACUGCAAAAGUCGCCAACAUAACACAUAAAAUUUUCGGUUGGCUACGCAAAUCGCGAAACAAACGGCCAGUCGAGAUCCUAACAAGCGAUUUCGAAGGCGAAGACGGCGACGGCGACGAGGGGGAAGGAGGAGCAGGAGCAGGAGCAGGAGCAGGAGCAGGGGCAGGAGCAGCACCUGGGAGUGCAGGUGGGUCAGGUGCAGCGGGUGGUGCAGCCGAUCAUCAGCAAUUUUCAGUGGCAAACGUUCGAUACAAAGCCGGCAAGCUGAAUACCACACAGACAGCCACGGAGACCACCACCACCGCCAUCGAUUCAAACGAACCCAAAUCUGAAAAGAUGUCAUCGGGGGGCACGUUUGUGGAUCGAAUCGACCCGUUCGCCAAACGUUCACUCAAAAAGAAGGGCAAAAAGAGUCAAGGUUCCUCGCGCUACAGAAAUUCACAGGAUGUUGAGUUGCAGCAAUUGCCGCCGUUGAAAGCCGAUUGCUCCAGCCUCGAACAGGAGGAGCUGUUUAUACGAAAGUUGCGUCAGUGUUGCGUAUCAUUUGACUUUAUGGAUCCCGUGACGGACCUCAAGGGCAAGGAAAUCAAGCGGGCGGCACUCAAUGAUCUAUCCACCUAUAUAACGCACGGGCGCGGUGUGCUCACGGAACCCGUUUAUCCGGAAAUAAUACGCAUGAUUUCUUGCAACUUAUUUCGCACACUGCCGCCCAGCGAGAAUCCAGAUUUUGACCCGGAGGAGGAUGAUCCAACAUUGGAGGCCUCGUGGCCACACCUACAGCUGGUGUAUGAGGUGUUCUUGCGCUUCCUCGAAUCGCAGGAUUUCCAAGCAACCAUUGGCAAGCGUGUGAUCGAUCAGAAGUUUGUCUUGCAGCUCUUGGAACUGUUCGACUCUGAGGAUCCACGCGAGCGUGACUUUCUCAAGACGGUGUUGCAUCGCAUCUACGGAAAGUUCUUAGGUUUACGCGCUUUUAUACGAAAACAAAUCAACAACAUAUUCUUGCGAUUCAUCUACGAGACGGAGCACUUCAAUGGUGUGGGCGAACUCUUGGAAAUACUCGGCAGCAUCAUCAAUGGCUUUGCCUUGCCACUGAAGGCCGAGCAUAAACAGUUUUUGGUCAAGGUCCUGUUGCCGCUGCACAAAGUCAAAUGCCUGUCUCUAUAUCAUGCACAGCUGGCAUAUUGUAUUGUACAAUUCCUAGAGAAGGAUCCAUUCCUUACCGAGCCGGUGGUGCGGGGCCUGCUCAAGUUCUGGCCAAAGACGUGUUCCCAAAAGGAGGUCAUGUUCUUGGGCGAAAUCGAGGAGAUACUUGAUGUGAUCGAUCCGCCGCAGUUUGUCAAGAUCCAGGAGCCGCUCUUCCGGCAGAUUGCCAAAUGUGUCUCGAGUCCACACUUUCAGGUAGCUGAACGCGCUCUAUAUCUGUGGAACAAUGAGUAUGCCAUGUCGCUGAUUGAGGAGAACAAUGCGGUGAUCAUGCCGAUCAUGUUCCCGGCCCUAUACCGCAUCAGCAAGGAGCACUGGAACCAGACCAUCGUGGCGCUCGUCUAUAACGUAUUGAAAACAUUCAUGGAAAUGAAUUCAAAGCUGUUCGAUGAGCUCACCUCCAGCUACAAGGCAGAGAGGCAGAAGGAAAAGAAACGUGAACGCGAUCGCGAGGAGCUGUGGAAGAAGCUGCACGAACUCGAAUCGAAUCGUUCCAAUGGGCGCACCGCAGGCGGCAGCGCAGCUGCGAAUGCAUCGAACAGCGCAUCAUCAUCCAACGCGGCGGCGUCCACGUCCUCCCAACUGCAGCCACCAUCCAUCAGCACAGCCGCCAUUAACUCUCAUCAGCAGCAGCAGCAGUCGAAUAGCAGCAGCAGCGGCAGUCUGUCCAGCGGCGGCGCCGGCGGCGACAAUAAUCCUGCGACCACAAAUGCAAAAAUCAAACAGGAUAAGGCGGAUAACUAA